AUGGCAUCCAAGCGAAAGGCAGCCGCCUUGGGCGCCACUGUUAGCGACGAGCCGGUCGAUCCCGCCGACGAGCUCAUGUUCUUGGCCCUGGGAGGUGGCAACGAAGUCGGUCGAUCCUGUCACAUCAUACAAUACAAGGGCAAGACUGUCAUGCUCGACGCCGGCCAGCAUCCUGCAUACGAUGGUCUAGCUUCUCUGCCCUUUUUCGACGAGUUCGAUCUGAGCACAGUCGAUGUGCUCCUCAUAACCCAGGCCCCGUCCCAAAUGUGUAUUAUCCGUAGUAUUCGCAUCAAGGAUUUCAUGUCGCUGACGUUUUCUUUUUUUGUUAGUUUCCACAUCGACCAUGCUGCAUCCUUACCAUAUGUCCUGGCCAAGACAAAUUUCAAGGGCAGGGUCUUCAUGACGCACCCUACCAAGGCCAUCUACAAGUGGCUCAUCUCAGACAGCGUCAGAGUUGGCAACACUUCUUCAAACCCAACAUCGCAGCCAGUGUACACAGAACAGGACCAUGAGGCUACCCUCCCGCGGAUAGAGGCUAUUGAUUAUCACACCACUCAUACUGUCUCAUCCAUCAGAAUCACGCCAUACCCCGCCGGGCACGUCUUGGGUGCUGCCAUGUAUCUCAUUGAGAUUGCUGGGCUCAAGAUCUUCUUCACAGGUGAUUACUCGAGAGAGCAAGAUCGACAUCUUGUCUCUGCCGAGGUGCCUCGCGGCGUCAAGAUCGACGUCUUGAUCACCGAGUCCACAUACGGUAUUGCCAGCCACGUACCAAGAUUAGAGCGAGAGCAGGCCCUAAUGAAGUCCAUUACGGGCAUUCUCAACAGGGGAGGUCGUGUGCUCAUGCCCGUGUUUGCUUUGGGUCGAGCUCAGGAGCUCCUGCUGAUCUUGGACGAGUACUGGGGCAAGCACCCGGAAUUCCAGAAGAUCCCCAUUUACUACGCCAGUAACCUUGCUCGGAAGUGUAUGCUCGUCUACCAGACAUAUGUCGGCGCCAUGAAUGAUAACAUCAAGCGUCUCUUCCGGGAACGCAUGGCCGAGGCCGAAGCGGCUGGCGACGGGGCCGGAAAUGGAGGCCCAUGGGAUUUCAAGUUUAUCCGUGCUCUCAAGAACCUCGACCGCUUUGAGGACGUUGGAGGCUGUGUCAUGCUGGCUAGUCCCGGUAUGCUGCAGAACGGUGUCAGUCGAGAACUUCUCGAGAGAUGGGCCCCGAGUGAGAAGAACGGUGUCAUUAUCACCGGUUACAGCGUAGAGGGCACCAUGGCGAAGCAGAUCGUUACGGAGCCAGAUCAAAUUCCUGCAGUCAUGUCCAGGAAUUCAAACGCCAUGAGGAGAGGACCUGGAGGAGAAGGCGAGAGGCUCAUGAUACCCAGGAGGUGCAGCGUUGCAGAGUACUCUUUUGCGGCCCACGUCGACGGCAACGAAAACAGAGAGUUCAUCGAGGAAGUGAAUGCGCCAGUGGUGAUCUUGGUACAUGGCGAACAGCACAACAUGAUGCGUUUAAAGUCGAAGCUCCUCUCACUUAACAAUGCCAAAGCCGAAGGAGAGAAGACAAAAGUGUUCAGUCCUCGCAACUGCGAGGAACUGCGUAUUCCGUUCAAGACCGACAAGAUAGCCAAGGUUGUUGGCAAGCUAGCAUCAAUCGCACCGCCGACCAAGAUCAUGGCGGCCGAUGAUCCCGAGGCGCCUCUCGUGACUGGUGUCUUGGUCCAGAACGACUUCAAGAUGUCCGUCAUAGAUCCUGAAGACUUGCGGGAAUAUGCCGGUCUCACCACAUCCAUGAUCACAUGCAAGCAACGUUUAACCUUGAAGGCAGCAGGUGCUGAUCUCAUUCACUGGGCACUUGAGGGGACUUUUGGCAGCGUUGAUGAGCUUCCUGAAACGAAGAACAGAAUAAAAAGCGACGAAGAUAGCAAUGGUGAUGCGAGGAUGGCUGAUGUUGAUGACGUGGUCACACAGACCGUGGCCGCUUAUCUGGUCAUGGGUUGUGUAACCGUGCGGAUCCGCAACGACGGCGAGGUCGAGCUGGAGUGGGAAGGUAACAUCCUCAAUGACGGAAUUGCCGACGCUGUCAUCGCCGUACUCUUAUCUGUUGAGAGCAGCCCGGCAGCCGUGAAGCAAUCAGGGAGCAAGCACUCACACUCUCAUGCCCUUCCGGCACGCAACCUGCACACGCACCUUUCGCCGCAGGAGCGAUUGGAGCGCCUCUUCCUAUUUCUCGAGGCUCAGUUCGGCGCGGAUGCCGUAGCGCCCAUUGCCAAGCCCAAGCUCCCGCCUCUGACAAAGGAUGCUAAGCCGGUCACCGAUGGCGGCUCAGAGACAUCUAUGGAAGCAUCCGAGGACGGCGACGACGAGGAGAAGCUGCAAGAGCUACGAGAGAAGACGGAGAUCGAGCGGCUGCACAAGAUCGGCAUCCCUGUUCCUGGUGUCAGCAUCAAGGUCGACAAGAUGUUCGCUACGGUCUGGCUGGAGGAUCUCGAGGUUGAGUGCUCGAACCGUGUGUUCGCGGAUAGAGUCAGGGCUGUGGUUGAAAGGGCUGCUGAGGUUACGGCACCUCUGUGGGGAUGA